AUGGCCGAAGUUCUAGACGAGGCUGAAGCAUUCAUUCACGCAACGGAAAUAUGCAGCGCGUCCAAGGAUGGAAAGACAGGUGAAGCGACAGACUCCUCAGGAAAGAAGGAUAUGAUAGACCGAAAGGCUCCACGGUUCCACGAGGAUAUAGGGCAUGACACCAAGAACUGUAGAAGCUUAAAGAGAGCCCUAGACGGCCUCGCCUCUAAAGGACACCCCAAAAAUUACUUACAGAGAAAUGUUCACGGCUCGGGAAAGAGCCAAUACAAGAAGAACAAGUCCCCUGUCUCACCUACAGAGGGAAACCACAAUGAAGGAGGAUUUGUAGCCGUCAUUUCUUGGGGGCCAGCUGCUGGGGGGCCCACUAUGAGGGGACAGAAAGACUACGCCCGCCGCCUAGGACAAGUGAUGCUGUUAGGAAAGUCACCUGUAGACCUGUUCCCUCGGAUUGAGAUAUGUGAGUCGGAUGGCGGACGAGUAGCCACCCCACAUGAUGAUCCUCUGGUGGUCGAAAUCAAAAUCUCCAAUAUGAGAGUCAAGCGUAUCCUGAUAGAUACAUGGAGUUCGUCCGACAUAAUGAGCAUGGAGUGCCUCAGCCGUCUAGCUCACGAUCCAAAGACCAUUGAAAGCAUACACUACCCCAUCAUCGGUUUAGGAGGAAGCAUAAUACAUCCCGUGGGCGUCAUCAACUUGCCGGUUCGGAUUGGGGAUCGAACAAAUGGACGAAAGAUGGGAGUAAACUUUUUAAUUGUCAAGGACUUGAUAGCAUACAAUGUCAUCUUGGGACGUCCCACCCUGAACAAGAUUAAAGCAGUAGUUGUCACCCACCUCAUGCUCCUGAAGUUUGUAUGUGAUGAUGGGGCAAUAAGCACUAUACAUGGAGACCAACAGCAAGCAAGAGACUGCUACCUCACAACCCUCAACCCGUCAUCAUGGAAGAAAGAUUUGGCCGAAGUGAGGACCAAGAGAAAACUUGAGGAGGAACUACCUGCUGCCAAUGAGAAUAUACCAGCCAAGAUAGAAAAAAGUGGCUAA